AUGAAGUUUUAUCUCUUUUUCUUUAUUCUGCUCUUUUGGAUCACCAUUUUAACAGCCAGAAAGAGUUAUCCUGAGUAUGGUAGCUUGGAUUUGAGGAGACAGUGCAAAAUGAAUAGAGGUCACUGUAAAACCCAGUGCACUGAAAAUGAAAUUAGGAUUGCUUUCUGCAUAAGACCUGGAACUCACUGCUGCAUCUAG